AUGGAUAAAUUCGUCACAAAUAUUUCCAAUCAUCCUGAUACUUCUUCUCCUAUUAAUAGACACUCUCCAAGCCAUGCUGAAUCUCAAAUAAAACGUCUCAGUUCGAAGCAAAACUUAUUAAAGCAAUAUUUCAAGCAAGAAUUAUCCAAAGACCUAACAUCCCCAAAAUCACAAAAUUUCUCAAACAAGGCAAAUUAUGAGAAUAAUUUUUUAAGGCAAAAUUCUCCUAAUGCGGCUUCAACCCCUAGGUCACGAUCUUUUAUAGCAGAACGAUCAUUAUCCACAGCAGCUAAAAAAAGAGACUAUAAAAACACCCAAUCCAGGAUAGACUCCGGAAUAAAAGGGAAACGCAGCACCACCCCUAAAUUUAUCCCGCUUUUGAAAAACAAGCCUACACAAGAGUUAUCCAAAUCUUAUAUGAGCGAAAGAUCAUUAACACCGAACAUUGACGAUUCCAGAGAAAACUUAAAUGGCGUAGACUAUUUAACUCAAGAAGUCAGGCUUAAAAAAAGGCAGGGGCAAAUUUCACCCAUAAAAGCCAUAAAGGAUUUUUUGGUAAAAAUUUCGAGGUCUCAUGAAUACAGUUUGGAGCAGAUUUCAGAAUUUAAAGAAAAAAUUGAACUAGUCCUUGAGCUGAUUUUUUCUUAUAAAGCUUUAAGCCACCCAUUUCUGCACCCAACAUUUGCUAAGAUGACAAAAAUUAUGCAGGAAAUCCAAGUUCAGCUGAAUCAUAAUGAGUAUAUUCCUAUCCCACUGCUAGUUCAAUGUGAUGAUAUAAUAGCGUCGCUUGAGACUCAAAUUGCUAAUGCCAACUGUUUUUCCCCAGGAUUAUGCACAAGAAAAGGGCUUGAAGAUGCAGAAGAAAAUCUAAAUGCUGCAAUAGGGAAAGUUACAGUUAAAACGCUAAAAGACUUUCGAGCUCAGAAAUUCCCAGGACAAGAUAUCCAAGAGCUAGCCCAUAGCUUCCUUAUACUUGUUUCUGAAGUGGAUUCCCAUGUUACUGUCUCAUCAGGAUUUAAAGUAAUGAAAAGUAGACUCUGAGAAGUCCUCCAAAAAUAUACAAGUAACGUUGGACAAGUUGUGCAAACUAUCAGGAAAAUCCCGAAUUUCAUAAAAGAAGGAAAAAUCAGGGAAAGUGUAAUUUUUGACGCAUAUUCUCACUUCUCAAAAUUUAAUCCUGGUAGGGUCAAAAAAGUAAUAGGUGCUGAAGAAAUUUUGAAUUUAUUAAAUGAAAGUUUCGAAUAUUAUGGAAGAUUCAAAGAAUUUAAAACAAUUCAUCAGCAAGAAGUCCCGAACCUUCCACUCUAUAAACUAUCAAGCCCAAAAAAGCCAUUUGAAUCAAUUUCAGGGUCACCCUCAUUUUUUGGACGAUCUGGGUCUAAAAUGAAUAUAAAAACAGAUGCUUGUAAUACAGAAGAAAGUUUUGCUGAUAGGUUUGUGAGCCAAGAAAAAAGUGAUACUCCAAGGUUUGCAUUUGGGACAUUCCAAUCUCCUCAAAAAAUAAAUACUUUUGAGUUAACGCUAACUCCCCCCCUCCGUGAGUGAACAAAACCAUUAGAAAAAUCGCCAUUUUUUGCCCAAAAACCACCCUCUGUGAAUGAACAAAAAUUUUUUUAAUAGAAAAAUUUUUUAUGGAAAAAAAUUUUGAUACAUAAGUGAUAAUUAUUAUAAUGAAAUCUCGAGCUAAUUCUGUUUAAUUUUAAACAAAUUGCUUUUUAAAACAUAAAUUUUAUAUAAAUUAAAUUAAUAUUUGCUUUCCAAUUUUUGCAAAUUAGGAUUUUUUUAAAAUUCGAAAAAAAAAAUUAACCCCCUCUGUGAUUGAAACAAAUUUUUUUUGUUCACUCACGGAUGGGGGAGUAAGCAAAUGCCUGGAUGCUGAAGCAAAUGAAGAAGAACAUAAAUUUGAGACUGAAAACUCACCUCAGAUUAUUAUAGAUACCCAAGAUGAAUUAGAUGUAAUUAUUGAUACUUUUGAAUCAGUCCAAAACUCUUCUGUAAGAACUGAUCAAUAUGACGUGGAUCCUAUUAUCAUGACUGAGCCAUGUGAGAAAACAAGCGAAAUGUAUAAUCCACACGAUAUAGAGUCAGUUGUAACAACUGAGCCUGCAAGUGAUGAGAAAGACAAUUUUGAUAUUUAUAGCACUCCUCCUAUAAAAAAAAUUAAAGAAAUUGGCUAUUUUCUUUCCCCUGAUGUAAGUUCCACUAUGAAGAAAAUUGAAAAGCUUUCUAGUGAUCUCCAAUCUCAAAAUUUCGCCACAGAAAAAGAUUCGCCAUUAAAUGACUCCUUGGCAUAUUCAAGUAAAGACAGCCCCUACAGAUACGACACUCACAGUUACUCAACACUGUCCACCUAUGGUUUCCAUCAAGGAAAUAUGUCCCUAGAACACUUUGAAUCUCCAAGUGACAGAGUUAUCGAAGGAAUCAAAAAGCAGACAAGAUCAGCUUCUUCUCACUGCUUAUCUAGCAAAUACUAUCUUAAAUCAAAACAAGUAAGCAGGAAAGAAAUCCCAGUAUCAAAAGAAAGAGAAAACAUCAGAGCUCAAUGAGACGAAGUCAGAGAGGUAAAAUAUAGUUAGAAAAAAAGAAAAGCUGAAGAAGAUAAAAGAAAAGAAUUCAUUGAAGAAUCAAAUGCACAAAGGAACAUUGAAGAAAAGUUUCAAGCAUUAAUGACUGAAAGAAUCAAGCAGGAAAGAGAAAUGAUUAAGCAGACGAAAAUGCAAGAAUUCGAAGAGUCAAAAAGAAUUAAAGCACUGAAAGAAGCUGAAAAGAAAAAAGAAAUUCUUGAUGAAAUUCAAAGGAAUAUUGAAAAAUCAGAAUUAGGGAAAAAUUCUAAAGAUGUUGAAAAAGGAUUGUUAAGGAAAACACAGCCAAAUCAUUUUCAGCAAAAAAAUGAGAAUGAGCUGUUCCAAAAAUUGAUUUUAAGAGAAGGCAAUGAAAAUAGGUUUGUUGAAAAAAUGGAAUAUAGCCAAGAGCAGAAAGGAAUUCUCAAAGAGCAGGUCAAGCUGCAGAGAAUUCUUAGCAGGCUGUCCAGAGGUUAUUAA